CUAAUUUUAAAAUGAAUUCCCUAUAUCACAGAGCAAAGAGUAAAGAAAAUUGGAAAUUAACUUAAGCAAAUAUUCCUGUAACAGAUAAGCGAACUGUUAUCACCCAGUCAGCAGCCAAAACAAAUGGCUGCCCUGUCAUUCAGCUCUACCACUGCCCACGCUCUUUGUCUAAUCCUAUUAAAUCAGCUAGGUUCAACAGAAACAACAGCAGUCAUUGAUGUAAUCAUGAGACCGGUGCAGGUUCAGAUUAAACAAAGUGAUGUUGUGCAGACAAACAGCAGAGUGGAAGCCUUUGUCUCCUGUUAGUACGAAACACAGUGUUGAGACGAGACGACAUCAUUCCAGAAGUGAAGAGAUGAGCGGCAGCACAAAUACUUGAUGUGAAGGUCCAGGCAGAAGAAGAGGACAGUUAACCCACUCAACAGAUUAGUGCGCAACAGGAAAGCUACCUGACUUUGUAGAGCUCUACACUUUGUCUGUAGUGAGAGAAGACAGUCAGCAAUUGUCACAGUGGUGCCACUGGGCUGCAAACAAAAUGCCAGGUGAUGGACUCACAAUAAAAAGUCGCAUCAGGAAUUUGCUGCGAUCUCCCUCAACCAGGCACAAGAAGAAAAGGAAAGAAAAUCUUACUAGCAAGGUGACUUUGGAGAAGGUGCUAGGAAUCACAGCUUCAGGAAACAGCGGACUAGCCUCUGACCCCAGAUCUGGACUUGUAGCCUAUCCUGCAGGAUGUGUGGUAGUCUUGCUAAACCCCAGAAACAACAGACAGCAGCAUAUUAUCAAUACUUCAAGGAAAACCAUUACAGCAUUGUCCUUCUCUCCUGAUGGCAAGUACUUGGUGACAGGAGAGAGUGGGCACCUACCAGCAGUGAGACUGUGGGACGUGGCAGAGCAAAGACAGGUGGCGGAGCUCCAGAAGCACAAAUAUGGUGUCUCAUGUGUGGCUUUCUCCCCCAACAGCAAAUACAUUGUCAGUGUGGGAAACCAACAUGACAUGAUGGUCAAUGUCUGGGUGUGGAAGAAAGAUGUUGUUGUAGCAGCCAACAAAGUGUCCAGUAAGGUGACAGGUGUGUCUUUCUCUGAGGACAGCUCCUAUUUUGUAACAGUGGGGAAUAGACACAUCAAGUUCUGGUAUCUGGAUCACUGCAAGGCGAGCAAGGCCAGUGGUCCUGUCCCUCUGCUGGGCCGCUCGGGGCUGCUGGGAGAGCUGAGGAACAACUUCUUCUGUGAUGUGGCCUGUGGGCUGGGCUCUAAAUCAGACUCCACCUUCUGCCUUACCUCCUCUGGCCUGCUGUGUGAGUUUAACAGCAAGAGGAUGCUGGACAAGUGGGUGGACCUACAGACCAGCAUGGCCCAGUCUCUGUCGCUAUUUGAGGAUAUGAUCUUCUGUGGCUGUGCUGAUGGAACAAUACGAGCCUUCAGCCCUGUUGACCUACACUUUGUCUGCAUGCUGCCCCGGCCACACCCCCUCAACUGCGACAUCUCGGCCAUCCCCAAAGCCAGCCACCUAUAUUCCACUAAGAUGGACGCCCGAUACCCAGAUGCCAUUGCUGUUACCUAUGACCCCACCAGCCACUGGCUCAGCUGUGUGUAUAGUGACCACAGUCUUUAUGUGUGGGAUGUGAGAGAUGUGAGCAGGGUGGGGAAGGUGCACUCUGCCCUCUUCCAUGCUGCCUGUGUCUGGGACCUGGAGAUGUUCCCAGAUGCCCCUGGGGACAUGGGCACUGGUUUGUCAUCAGGUUCAUUCCUUAGUUGCUCAGCUGAUAACACCAUCAGAUUGUGGAAUGUGGAGAACAGGACACAAAGUCAUGCUCAUUCUUAUAACAUCCUCAGCAGUGGUCUUAUAAAUAUAAUCUACAUAGAUGGAAACACUAGUUCCCUACUGGAUCCAGAAUGUAUGACAAAUGUGAAUGUGGACAAAUCGGGGGACGGACAGACAGCAGAAAUAAGGACAGGCAUCAGGACCAUCUGUGUCAGUCCAGAUGGCAAACACCUGGCAUCUGGAGAUCGCAAUGGAAUGCUGAGGGUUCAUGACCUCAGGACCAUGGAGGAGAUUCUUAAAGUGGAGGCACAUGAUGCUGAGAUACUCUCUCUCGAGUACAGUAAACCAGAAACAGGUCUUAGGCUUCUGGCCACAGCUAGCAGGGACCGUCUGAUACACGUCUUGGAUGCUGAGGAUGACUACAGUCUGGUACAGACACUUGACGAGCAUUCUUCAUCUAUAACAGCUGUCCGCUUUGCUGCCAAUGACAACGGGGUGAGGAUGAUCAGCUGUGGGGCAGACAAGAGCAUCUAUUUUCGUACUGCACACAAGACUGUCAGAGGAACAGAGUUCAGGCGUUCUCACCAUAUGGUGAGGAAGACCACUCUGUAUGACAUGGGUGUAGACCCUACCUGCAAGUAUGCUGCUGUUGGCUGCCAAGAUCGCUGUGUCAGGAUUUUCAACAUCAGUAGUGGCGAACAGAAGAAACUCUACAAAGGAUCACUGAGUGAAGAGGGCAGUCUGCUCCGGGUACAGAUCGAUCCCUCAGGUCAAUAUGUGGCCACCAGCUGCUCAGAUAAAAACAUCAGCAUUGUUGACUUCUACACUGGGGAGUGUGUCGCCACAAUGUUUGGACACUCUGAGAUCGUCACUGGCAUGAAGUUUACCAAUGACUGCAAGUAUUUGAUUUCUGUGUCAGGCGACAGCUGUAUCUUUGUGUGGCGACUGGCUCCAGAACUGACAGUCAGCAUGAGAGAGAAGCUCUGCCAGCUCCGACAGAAUCUGAACACACCACCCUCCAGCCUCAGGCAGGAGGUGUACAGCGCUCCUACUCUGGGUGGUUUGUCCUCAGACAGUGACCACAAGCAGGAUGAGGGGGACACAGCAGAGAACAAUGACCAUGAAGAUAACACGAUUACUACUUCCUCUGACAGCAGCCAUGGAGAGGACGACACAGGAGGAUCAGAUGAAAGACACAACUGGGAGGUUACAAAGCAUGGAGUCAUCAGCCAGGUCACCCCAGACUCUGCUAAGUGCCCUCGGAGGCGUUGGUCUCAUCACACGGGCUCUCUGGAACUGGUGGUUAAAUCUAUGCUGGAACUGAGACAGCUGGAGACCUUUGCUAACAAGAAAAGCCCUGGCUGCACCGCUCAUGACAGACCGCGAGGGAGCACAUUCAGCCUGCAGGAACCCAUGCAGCUGUUGGAAGAGACAGCCAAGCGGCAUCGGCCACAGCCACACGCUGACUGGCUGUCCUCACACCCACCCAAGGGCAUCAAGCAGACUGAUGGAAUUGCUCUGUAUCCAAAAGAGAACAAGGAUGACACAAGUCUACAGGGCAGUGAUUACAUGGUGAAGGAGAUGCUAAAGUUAUACAAAAUGUCAACACAUAGUGAUUCAGCAGACGCAGAGUCCCUGAGUCAGGAUAGCUCUGAGGAGGGGAAUGAAGAGAGGGAGGAAGAGGAGCACAAAGCAGAAAUGACGAGUAUGGACGAGGCUCUGAGGGCAGUGACUGACCCUGCUGGUCACAAUCAAGAAGAUUUUCUCAAGCAGAACUUUGAGAUUCUGGCAGAGAGCUGCAGCUUGGCCAAGCAGAGCAGAGUUCCAAGGUUCAGUAUGUCUUCACAGUUCCUGGCCAGAGGACAUAAUAACAGCAGGGUAAAUGAUCCAGAGGGCGACAGAACGCCAACCCUUAGGCCCCAGAAGAAGAAGAAGAAGAAGAAGAUGUCAUGGUCCCACCUGUGGAAGCUGUCCAACCCUCCAUCCAAAGCUACACUGCUACUGGACCAAGCAACAUGUUUACAGAAAUCACACUCUGCCCAGAACCUGCCCUCAGACUCUCUUCACUCCACUGUGCCCUCUAGUGACCAAAGGGAGUUUUGCAAGAGACCUCAGCAACCUUUCCAGGAUGGUGACACUCCCAGGCCUUUCUUCCAUUAUUCCUCACCCUUGUCUGGGUCCCCACAGACACCGCAGUCAUGUGAGAGCCCCAAAUUCAGGCCCCGGCACACCUACAUGAACCCCACUGCCAGCUCCUUGGCUAAAAGCGGCCGCUCCUCCUCUCUGGGAGAAGGGAUCCAGAUGAGCAUGCCUCCUCACUCCCCGUCCUUCCUCAGUAGCAGGAUUUCAUCUGGGGAGCUGGAGGUCGAGCCUCUCGUGCUCACCUCAUCUUCAGCUACUGCUUUCCCUAAUUUCCUCCCCUACUCCUUAUCCAAGAGCUACUGCUCCUUUUACCCAGAACGUCCCGCCCUCUCACAUCCCACUUCCCAAGCAGCCUCUCAGCCCUCUCCACAGCCCCUGCUUGGACAUGAAGCCAAGCUCAAGUCGAAUCAGUCUGAUACAUUUCUGACAUUCCCUCCCAGUGCCAAGGAGACAGGGCAGGUGGCUGUAGCUGAACAUUACCCUCUGGUGCCUGAACAGGCCUACACAACAAGUGCCGAUCCCCAACCAGAUCACUCUAUCACCCUGGAAACCUGUAGGCAGGCUGUCACCGAGCUUCACAACAGUCUGAGGAAAACCAUCAUGCUUUACACUAUGAUGUUGAAAAGCAGCCAGCAGCUCAGUGAAGAUCAGCAGCAGAUGAGGAGAAUCCUGUCUGAAGCCCUGUUCACAGUCAGGACUGAGCUGGAUACUCUACCUCACCCCAUGUCACAGUUUGAAGGGUCCAAAGUGGAUCAGGGGGUCAGAGGGAACCAUGAAGAGUCAAGUUUCAAUCUGGCCAUCGGCCUAGCUCUCGACAGCUGCGCCUCCAGAUGA